AAAACUAAAUUUCAUGGACUUGUAAAUAGUGAGCAGAUUUUAACGUGGAUGAAUCAUUGGCAAAUUGGAAAAAAUUACACAAAUCCAAUGCAGCUAGAAAGUUUAAUUCCAGUGUUUACUAAGUUAGUAUUAUAUGAAUAAAUAUGCUAAUUGAAUUAUCGACACUCGAGAGUUAUUUACGCGUUCAAAUGGAACAUUAUUAUUUUACGGCAAUGUUAGAUGAAUGGAUUGGCACAAACAUUGAUCCCAUGAAGGCAAAAUUAAUGAAAUUGAAAAAAACGGCAGAGAAUCAAAUCAAGAUAAGCAGCAAUUUAUAAACUAUAUCAUAAAAAUAACAAAAAAAUAUACUAAAAAUCUGAAAACUAAAAAUAUAUUUAACAUAAUAUCUAUAGGCACAAUUAUAUUGUAUAUUUUAAUUAUGUGCAUGUGCAUGUGCAUAAUAUAUAGCGUUAAAAAAAAUGAAUGUCUGAAUUUUUCACGUAUUCUCGCGUUCGUGGAGGAAAACCCAUUCAUUAAAUUCAGAAGCCUUUCUUUCUUAUUGUUUCCGGGCAUAAUGUCGGGAGGCGUCGCUACACGAAGUUAAUAAAUUCUUUUAAAUAAAGUACAUUCGAGGGCGAAAGAUGUCGAAGUUCGACGACCGACACGCACAGAUUCUCGAUGAGCAAUUUGAGGACAUCUUGUAUCGGGUUAAACCAUAUCUGUUGAAUUUGGCGAUAUCAAGCGACUCCCGUCAUUGCCGGCUUUGGCUUGAGCGUUUCGACCAUGCCGAGGACCAGCGCAGCCUCAGGAAUGACUAUCUACUGGAGCUUUAUCGACAACUGAAAAAUGGUUACCUGAGAGUGCCUUUCAAUAAACCGCCAGAAAACGGCAGGCUUGUGCCUCUCUCAAAGUUCCAUCGUUUGGUACACGCCACUUCGUUAUUUUAUUACCGAAUCCCCUUCAACCACAACCUAAAAUGCCAUUGUACCAUUUUUAAUUUGUGGUUAAGUAUUAAUCUAAUCGUAAGAGAGCCCAUGAAAACGAACGUGAUUUCCUUUCUUUAUUUGUUACGUUCCGCCAUACCGCUUACAAUAUUUUUCAAACUUAAAAAAAGGCUAUCACAUUUCGUAGCUCAGUGCUCGCAAAUUCAAUAGCUACAACUGAAUUGAUGCAUUAGGUAACGAGUUCGUCGUGUAACGAAUUAACGGAGACGAGUCCCUCUCUUUGCGAACCACAGCGCAGUUGGCCCAAGCCAAGGUGUAAGAGCCUAAACCGAGACAUACGCAGGAUCAGAACUUUUCCGAGGCAUGAAGAAGUACAUUCGAGUACUCCCCGUGGAGAUAUGCUCUCGUCGCCGACAGUUCACUUUCAUGAGCAAAGUAGCAGGUGUGAGAAGAACUUACUCAGGACUUACAGAAAUCGAAUAGAAACAUUGAGUACCAUUGUGGAAGAAUUGGAGAAUCAAAAUGAAAAAUUAAAGCAGAAAUUAAUGUAUUAUCACAACGUUUCAACAUCCGACGAAAUACCGCAUUUACAUUUGCGCAUUAAGCAAUUGAUGACAGAAAUUACAAGUUUAAAAAACAACUUUGCGUGUUUAAGGCUAAUGGAGGUGCACGAACUGAAAACCAUACUCGAAAAACAUCACAAGGAAAUCGUCGAUCAAUACAAGAUUAAAAUGACGGAACAUUUCAAGAAAAUGAAACAUCAGUUGGAAAAUGCACGAAGUGAAAAUGAGGAUUUGAAUAAUAAAAUCGCUGUAAUUGAAACGAAGUUACAAGAGUUGAACCGAGAAAAAAAAGAGUUUGUAAAAGUAAGCGAAGAACAGUGGCUUCAUAAGCUUGAAUGUACGAAAAUAGAAUACGAAAAAAUGUUGCAAGAAAAAGAGUUACAAAUAAAUUCGCGAGACGAAAUGGUUCGUCAAAAAGAGGUACAAUUGACCCAAAAGCUAAAUGAAAUCGAUUCUUUGUGCGAACAAAUAAAAGAGCUUCAGCAGUUGGUUGAAAUAAAAACUCAAGAUGAUGGAAAAUUACAAUCAAUGCUCAUAGAGCAGCAUAAAAGUAUAAUGGAAGAAUUAUCUAAAAUGAGAAAUAAUAUUGAGAUAGCUUCGCGUCAGCAAACCGAAACUCAUCAACAAGAGAAAGCGCUAUUAAAAAAAAACGUGAUGGCAAUACGAAAAAAUUGUCCAUAAAAUAUAAGAAGAGUAUGGGAAGAAUCUUUAUCAUUUUAUUCAAGUAUUUUUAAGGAUAAGAAUAACGAAUUCUUUUGUUAUUGAAUUCAGGAAAAAGUGCGCGCGCGUGUAAGCGCACAUGUGUACAUUUUCAUUUGAAUGUAAUUCUCACAUUAU